CGGAAACCAAAGAGGGUGAACCGGGGAGGUGGUGUCCAUCUUAUUUACACCAUAUACAUAUAUAUAUGCUUUGAUCUGUCUGGAUUCUUACAGCAGGAUACAAGUUAUAAACACCGGGUCUUCAGAGAUGAGCAGUUCAGAGGAAGUGUCAUGGAUCUCCUGGUUUUGUGGUCUGAGGGGGAAUGAGUUUUUUUGUGAGGUGGAUGAAGACUAUAUCCAGGACAAGUUCAACCUGACGGGGCUCAAUGAGCAGGUUCCCCACUACCGCCAGGCCCUCGACAUGAUCCUGGACCUCGAACCAGACGAGGAGCUGGAGGACAAUCCCAACCAGAGCGACCUGAUCGAGCAGGCGGCCGAGAUGCUGUACGGCCUCAUCCACGCACGUUACAUCCUCACCAACCGAGGCAUCGCACAGAUGUUGGAGAAAUAUCAGCAGGGAGACUUUGGCUAUUGUCCCCGGGUGUAUUGUGAGAAUCAGCCGAUGCUUCCUAUUGGCCUGUCAGACAUCCCUGGAGAGGCCAUGGUGAAGCUGUACUGCCCCAAGUGCAUGGACGUCUACACACCCAAGUCCUCCAGGCACCACCACACAGAUGGAGCAUAUUUCGGAACUGGUUUCCCCCACAUGCUCUUCAUGGUUCACCCUGAGUACAGGCCCAAGAGGCCCGCCAAUCAGUUUGUCCCGAGGUUGUACGGGUUCAAGAUCCACCCCAUGGCCUACCAGCUGCAGCUGCAAGCGGCCUCCAGCUUCAAGAGCCCCGUCAAGGCCAUCCGCUAGAAAGACAGAUGAUGAUGAUGAUGAAGAAGAAGACCAGGAAGGGGACUAUGGAUGGAUUUGUAGAGAGAAAGGAAGAGAGAGAGAGAAAACAGGAAAGAAUAAUUGUCAGAAAUGGGGAGAGGUCACCUGCAUUCUACAAAGCUCUUCAGAUGUCCCCUCCCCAACCUGAGGACUGUAUUAUUUUGGUUUAGUUUAAGACAAAAUGAAAAUUACAAAAGUGUAAAGAUUUUUGAGUGUGAGUGAGACACAAGAACGUACAGCCAUGAUCUUCAGCGCGCACACACACACACACACACACACACGCACACAUGCAACCACACACACACACGUGGGAUUCCAUGCACGCACCUUACCAAACUCAUCAGUGCCAAAAACAGGAGGUGAGGAAACACACAGGAGCUGCCGCUUAACGAGCACGCUGAUGAGGAAAUUAUCCAAUCGUUGGGCGACAGAUGAGAGAAAGCUUAAAAAAAGAAAGAAAAAAGUGCAAUGUUGUUUUUUUUCUGUAUUUGGCACAGUUUGGUAAAGAGUGGUGGUAAACCCUCCGUCAUUGGAAGCCUGCCUCCUCUCCCUGUUAGCCCCCCCCCUCCCCCCACUCCACCUACCCCAGUGCAUGUACACUCAGGCUGGCACUCGCAGAGACAGUUUGGACGGGUGUUUUUCUGUAUCGCUCAUUUGUUUAAAAAGAAAAAAAGAAUAAUUUGGUUGCUGUUUUUCUUUUCUUUUUUUUUUUGUCUGAUGUUUUGUGGUGAUUUUACGCAAAGCAUUCUGUUUAAAUUUGCCUUAAGAUGCAGCGAAAAACACCCCGAUGGUGUGAUUGUUUCUCAGAGAGUCUUCAUUUACUUCUGCUGUUUUUAAAAAAAUAGGUCAAAAACAUGAACAACUUCUUCUUCUGGUUCAGACAAUUGUAAUCAAGCUUGUGUCGUUUUUCCAGCUGUCUGUGCGCGUGUCAAAUAACUGUAUGUAAAGGUACCCCAAGUGAGAAUAUAACCCCCCCAACCCCCCCUGCUCAACCCCUUCCUCCCUCCAACCGAGACCCCUCUGCAGCAGCAGCCACACCACACCUUCCCCUCGUUACUCCAUCUCUCAUAAAAUGAAUUGUUUUUGGGAAAUGCGCUUAUUUGCUUCAUGGCGGCGAGUUAAGAGAAAAAGAUAAACACCACUCAUGUCUGUGAGGGGAAAUAUGAAGCUAAAGAUUGGGAACAGUAAGCCUGACUCUGUUCACAGGUAAUAAAAUCCACCUAACAGCACCUCUAAAGUUCAGUAAUGAACAUGUUUAUUCUUUGUUUAAUCCGUACAGAAACUGACGUAUAAAAUGAACGAGUUGUGGUGUUACAGGAGUUUACUUUAAUACUUCAGUUACAGAAUCCAAGUCAAGAAGUAGUUUGGCACAUUAAACUUCCCAAACACCACGAAAAACAUGUCAUUUUUUUAAAAUUUAAGCUCUUAAACUCUUUUACAGAUUAAACAGAUGAUGUAUAAUGUGUGAAUUAGAGGUGUUAGAUUUGGAUCGAUUGACAGACAAUUGAACUGCAAUUAUUUGAUAAUCGAUUAAUCCUUUUGAGUCAUUUUUUAAGGGAAAAAAAGAUAAUAUUCUCCUAUCAGCUUCUUAUAUGUGAAUUCAGACAUUUUUAGCUUGUAUUCUGGGCUUUGGGAAGCAUUGAUCGCCAUUUUCCACCAUUUUAUAGCUCAAACGGCAGAUUAAUCGAUAAUGAAAAUAAUCUUUAGUCGCAUCCCUACUUUAGACAGAACCAGGCUAGCAGUUUCCCUUUGUUUCUAGUGUUUAUGCUAAGCUAAGCGAACUUUAUAGUUAAAUCUUCUCAUCUUAAACUCUUAAGCGUAUUUCCCCAAAAAACAUGAAGCUGUUCGUUUUUAAAUUUUAAAGAUCAAGGAGGAGACUCAAGAGAAAGAGGAAUUUAGACAAUCUGAAUCCUUUUGGCUCACUCCACCACUGCACUGAUUCAACCGGUGUCUUCUCCCCUCCGCACAGUCUCAUUAUAUUUAUGUUCAGGUUUAGAGAAAAAAAAACAGACCACCAGCCGCUCGUUUUUUGUUCCUGAAAGCAUCGGAGGGAGGACCAGAUUACACACACACACACACAAGUCCUCCCUCCCUUCACUCCCUCUCUCCUGUCUUACUUUUGAGUUUGUGUGAUUGGAAAUAGUUUUUUGUUUUUCUUGUUUUUUUUUGGAUUUCAUGAUACAAGAGAAUCUGUAUUUAUGUGUCCAGAUUUUAAACUAAUGUAUGUCCGUCGUGUUGCUGUCGUUGUCUUUCUGCUACUGUGGAAGGGUGAGCAGGAUUCAGAAAUCUCAAUAAACUUCUAUUUUCUUUUCA